GAGAAGCGAGGAGCAGAGAGAGGAGCGAGGAGCAGAGGGGAGGCGACAGGGAGCGGAGGGCGGCGAAGAGCCCGAGGCCUCGGCUGCAGUCUGCUGGUGGGUCCCGGGUGAAGCGCUUAGGCUGCCGCCGGAGCACCGCGGUCCUCUCUGAGUGGCAGGUGAUCUGUCAUUUUACCUCAACAGUAUCUGAACUGCCAUUCUGCCAACAAUGGCACACAUCACCGUGAAUCAGUAUUUGCAACAGGUAUUGGAGUUCAUCGACAGCAGAGAUAGUGAAUCCUGUGCUGAAUUUUUAUCAUUUAAACAUCCUCACAUUGCAAAUCGUAGGUUACAGGGAGAAGAACAGAGAGUGAAAGGAGGAAAACUUUUUUUACGCAGCAUUUGGUUGGAAUCUGGAAUGCUCUUCCUGCGACAGGUUCCACUCGGGUCUUUAGAGGGAAUUGGAUAAAUAUAUGAUGAGCAAAAAAUUGUAAAAUUACAGAGAAGGGGCUGGAGAGUUUUCCUCUGGUACAGACAUGAUGGACCAAAUGAUCUUUUGUGAUUUAGCAAAUCCAGAGGAGAGAUGCCAGCAGAUCCUAGAACCUCCUUAUGAUGAAAUGGUAGCAGCUCAUUUAAGGUGCGCUUUUGCUGUUGCAAAUCAUGAUUUUGUAGAGGCAUAUAAAUACCAAACAUUUGUAGUGCAAUCAUUCUUGAAGGCCUUCCAAGCUCACAAAGAGGAGAACUGGGCUUUACCGAUUAUGUAUGCAGUAGCUCUGGACCUGCGAAUCUUUGCAAAUAAUGCUGACCAACAGUUGGGCAAGAAAGGAAAGGGCAAGACUGGAGAUAUGCUGGAGAAAGCUGCAGAACUACUGAUGAGCUGUUUCCGGAUUUGUGCCAGUGACAACCGUGCAGGAAUCGAUGACUCUAAGAAAUGGGGAAUGCUGUUUCUCGUCAAUCAGCUGUUCAAAAUAUACUUUAAGAUCAAUAAACUCCAUUUGUGUAAACCCUUAAUCCGAGCAAUUGAUAGCUCCAGCUUAAAGGAUGAAUACAGUAUGGCGCAAAGAGUGACGUAUAAGUAUUACGUUGGAAGGAAAGCCAUGUUUGACAGUGAUUUUAAACAAGCUGAAGAAUAUCUGUCAUUUGCGUUUUGCCAUUGCCACAGGGCCACCCAGAAAAAUAAGCGGAUGAUUUUGAUUUAUUUGCUACCUGUGAAGAUGCUUCUUGGUCACAUGCCAACAGUGCAGCUAUUGCGAAAAUAUGACCUUCUUCAGUUUUCUGAUGUCACCAAAGCAGUUGGUGAAGGGAACCUUCUGCUCCUGAAUGAAGCUUUGACGAAACAUGAGGCUUUCUUCAUUCGAUGUGGAAUCUUUCUAAUACUUGAGAAACUGAAGAUAAUAACUUACAGAAACCUUUUCAAGAAAGUGUAUUUAUUACUCCGAACGCAUCAACUGCCACUUGAUGCUUUCCUGGUUGCUCUUAGAUCCAUGCAGAUCUUGGAUGUUGAUAUCGAUGAAGUCCAGUGUAUUAUAGCCAACCUCAUCUACAUGGGACACAUUAAGGGUUACAUCUCUCACCAGCAUCAGAAGCUUGUGGUCAGCAAACAGAACCCUUUCCCAUCUCUGUCCUCUGUGAGUUAACCAGCUGAGGCCAGCCAUUUGUGUAUUCUCUCUCCUGGCAAUUCCUCAACAUGCAUGGUGAUGGCUAAUGGUCUCAUUAUCAACAAUCUGAUGUGAAGCUGAGGGUGCUAGUGCUUGCAUGGCUCAAUGAGAAUUCACAAGGCAAUGUUUGUUGUACAUUGUUGGCUUGCAGUAAUUCCGUACGUCUCUAAGGAUGCAGAUAUAAUACCAUGUAUAUUUUGUUACUGUGUUAUAUGAUGCAGACAUUGUAAUAAACUUUUUUUCUGAAGAUUUUUAAAUCUUUAUCUGUCACAGAUGAGUUUCGAUACAUUGUUUCAAAAGGAGUAAUUUCCAUCUUAUCUAAAGUGUUUCAGGUUACCAAAAAUUGAAAUGUGGUACCUAAUUUUAAUCUGCACUCCUCUUUUACUCCCACUUGAUAAUAUUCCAUACAAAAUUG